UGUGCUUUAGAAAGGAGAGGAGAGGACGGUGGAGCAAAACCGGAUCUAGUCGGAGAUUCGCAGGAGAAUUUUUUUCAGAGGUAGAGACAUAAGUUUCUCCGAUCUGACUAGAUCGGUCGUUGCAUUGUAUCCGUUCCACGUGUUUCAUGUUCUUCAGGAAUAAGUGAGGUUAUUGAGAGGUGGUGGAUGGAACAUGGCUGAGACGGAGACAGCAAAUGGAGUGAAGGAGAACAAACUAUGGAAAGGUGUGUUCGCGGUUUCAGGCAUUAUGUCAACUCUUGUCAUCUAUGGUGUUCUUCAGGAGAAGAUAAUGAGAGUUCCUUAUGGAUUGAACAAAGAGUUCUUUAAGUACUCUUUGUUUCUUGUUUUCUGCAAUCGCCUCACUACUUCAGCUGUUUCUGCUGGUGCUUUACUGGCAAGCAAGAAAGUUUUGGAUCCUGUAGCUCCGGUUUAUAAGUAUUGCCUUAUUUCAGUGACUAACAUCUUAACCAAAACUUGCCAAUAUGAGGCUCUCAAGUAUGUGAGCUUCCCGGUCCAAACUCUAGCAAAAUGUGCCAAAAUGAUACCAGUUAUGGUAUGGGGAACUCUCAUCAUGCAGAAAAAGUACAAGGGAUUUGACUAUCUAGUAGCUUUUCUGGUGACCCUGGGCUGCUCUGUCUUCAUUCUUUUCCCGGCAGGAAAUGAUGUUAGUCCGUUGAAUAAGGGAAGGGAGAAUACUGUCUGGGGUGUUUCCCUUAUGGCUGGUUAUCUUGGGUUUGAUGGCUUUACAAGCACAUUCCAAGACAAACUCUUUAAAGGAUAUAAUAUGGAGAUACAUAACCAAAUAUUCUACACAACACUUUGUUCUUGUGUUCUUAGUUUCACUGGACUUACAUUGCAAGGCCAGUUACUACUAGCUGUAGAUUUUGUUUCUCGGCAUAGAGAUUGUUUAGUGGACAUCGCCCUGCUUUCCACAGUUGCAACAGCGAGCCAGUUCUUCAUUUCUUACACCAAUAGGACAUUUGGUGCUCUAACGUUUGCUGCAAUCAUGACGACGAGACAGCUUGCAAGCAUCGUGCUCUCAUGUAUUUGGUUCACUCAUCCGCUUAGCUGGGAGCAAUGUAUGGGAUCGGUCAUUGUUUUCGGGUCUUUAUACGCGAAAAACUUACUAAACAACAACAAAAGAACAGAAAAGCAACCGCCGCCUCCAGAACUUCCGCAGUAUGAAAAGCCUGAGGGCUCUUAAGACGCUAACCUUUUCAUCAGUCGAUAAAGUAUAGGUUUCAUAUUGUCAGAGACUGCAUUUUUCAUUUUUUUUAUUUAUUUCAUUUAGUUGGAUCCCUUGUAGCCUGUAGGAAUAUAUAUAUAAUAAACAUAAUGCAUAUGUGUUUCGAUGACAUCUGAUGUAGGCACUGAGACAUCGGAUUGGUUCCCAGUAGAAGACUUAUUCAACGGAAAAGAAUUGUUCUAGUUAACAACUAAACAUUAUGAUAAGGUUCUUCUCUUACAUGUGUGUUUUUAAGGUGCUGACGCCGAGGAGUAUCAGUCUUAUAUACAUCACGUGGACCCGUUCUUAAUUUCUAUUCAUACUUGAAUACUUCAAACGAGAGAGAAUCCUUAAGAAAAUUUAUUUAUCAAUUAUGUUGU